AGAGCGAAGAGGUUUACCAGCGACAAGUGCUGUCUAUUUCCUGCAUUGUCUUUGGGAUCGUCAUUGUGGGCACAAUCUCGGCAGCAUUCUACUUCAGAACAAAAAAGCAGACGAAGUACAUCCAGGAACAGUUGAAAGAGAUACAGAAUGGGAAAACCUACAGCCUUAAUGCUUCCAGCAUCAUGGCGAAAACAGAGACCAGAGCCCAAAGCCAAAUCCAUCUGCAAAACUAUUCAACAACAAGAAGACAUCAAGAGCCAGUGAUGGGGAAAAUGAUGGAAUCUAGUUUUUCAGGCACUCAGUCUUUCCCUGAAGCUUUAUCUGCAGAAAGAGGAGGCCAAGCUGCAAAACCACAUAGGAAUUUUUCUUCAUGCUGCAAUGCAGGUCAACAACCUGGAAUGAUGCACAAAAAUGCCUUCCGAAGGACUCCCCCUUUACCACGGGGUAGAUUCAAUGGCAUUGCAGGACCAGCCUACCAACAAUUAGAAGAGUCCAAGAUCACGGAUCAGGAGCCCGGAUCUUCUCAAGAGUUACCUCCUGGUUUAAAAACAUCACAGAACGCUUCGAUAAAUAUGCAACUGCCUUCGAGAGAAACAAGCUCUUAUUUCAAUAGCGCAGCUCCAAGAAAUACGGUGGGCUACUCAUCGCCGAGAGCCAAUUCUGUUCCCAUCAUCCCUUCGGUGGGCUUAGAUGAAGCCUGCAUGCAGACUCAAAACACUUCAGACACCACAGGCAUCAAAUGGUGCAAAAACUCCUAUUCCACUGAAAUGGUCAACAUGAGUGCCCCAGCCAGCAGCUGUCUUAUUGCAGAACAACAAGAAGUUAAACUAUUGUUAGAAACUGUCCAGGAACAGAUCCGAAUUCUGACCGACGCAAGGAGGUCAGACAACUUCGACCUUUCCAAGGUCAAGGCGGAGAACAGUAGAAGUGGGAACACGGCUUUUCUGCCCAUGAGCCCUGUGGCCAAAUCAGAGCGAGAGCAGACACAGUUUGUCUUAAAAAGGGAAUCGAAAAGAGACUCGGCAUCCAUCAAUUGA